AUGCCCUCUUGUUAUAGUAGAGAAAUUCAGGAACAAGAGCGUCAGUCAGAGACCAGUGUAGACGAACCCGAGGAAGACGUUAAUAAAGAGAUGCUCAGCUACAUCCGGACUUUGGUGCUUAAUCUGAUGCACACCCCGUUGUCGGCUGCGCUAAAAAGCUCUUUGUUGCUUACUCCUGAGCAAUAUAAGCAGAUGAUUGAGGUCUCUUGGUAUCUGCUACUGAACGAAGAUCCACAUGUCGUGCUUAGCGCAGCAUCGAUGUUCGUUGUUGCCUGUGUCCGACGAGCAGAGGACGCAGUAAAAGUGAUUAGGAAAGCUCUUGAGUCAACAAACGCCACUGAUCGUACUGAAGGGAUUCAGAGGUUUUAUGCUUUGUGGAGAAAUAGGUUCCAUGUUUGGCUGAAGAUGGAAGACGGGGCCCAAAGCUCUUUCAAGGCAAGUUAUAACUUCGCUGAACUAGCUAAAGUACCACCGCCUGGCAUUGAUUUUACCUUACCGUCUCCAGCCAUUGGACAAAGUCAGCUGCCAGUAGUAGAUCCACCCUGGAUGCCACACCUGAAAACUAAAAUAGAGGAAUUGUCAUUGAAAGAAGAAGAGCACGCCACGGUGAGCAAAAAAGACUGCUCUAUUUUACAGUUCUUUUACACCACGAAUAAACCUGCUGAAUGUGCGGUACCAAGCUAUAGACUACACUUAUGGAAGUAGAA